AUGGCUGUCACUGCUCUUCCUCCCGUUGAGAAGCUUCCUCUCGCUCAGAGAAAAGAUGUCCGUGAUAACUUUGAUAACAAAAAGGCCGACAUGGAAAAGGAGCUCUCCUCCGCCCUCGGCCAAGCUUGGACCAUUGACGUAAACAUCAAUGCUAUUUACCCAUAUGCCCCAAAUGACAACUACGGCCAGCAUUCCCCCGGCAGCAUGACCGCCGAAUACAUCGAUAGCGCCAUUAGAAGAAUCAAGUACUACAAGGAUAAGUUUGGUGCCGACGGUGUCGACGAGCUCAACAAGGCCGCCACGGCCCACGUUCUUACUAUCGACAUGGACCUCGAGGAGAAGUUUACCUACUGCGGCCCCAAGAUCUCUGAUGAUGGAAAGCUUGUCAUCCUCAUCAACCCCAACAACGUUGCCUGCAACAUUGACGACGCCAUCAACAACGACAAGCUUACCGCUGCUCUCAACGAGGCCCCUGGCGCCAGUAGUGCUGCUCUCUCCUUUGUGGCCCGCCAGGGCAUUGCCCAAGACUACGACACUCAGAUUGGUGAGGUCAAGGAGACUCUCAAGAAGCAGCUAGGCAAGGACAUUACCCUUGAGCCCAACUUUGAGGAGGCAUUUGCCAAGCUCAAGGCUAACGGCUUGGCCACCGAGUACGAAUCUAGGCUCGGCAGCUUCGUCUACCUGUACUUCAAGAGCGUGGCUCGCGCUCUGGAGUACAACAACGUUUCCAAGGACGAGAUGGUCCUGGAGGCUCUGGAAGAGGAGAUGGGUGAGAACAAGAUUGCAUUCCGUCUUUUGGAUAAGGGCGGACUUAGCAGCGGCUAUGGCGAAGCCAAGUUUGAGGGUGGUGUCGUCUAUGUGCAGACUGACAUUGACCACUACGGCAGCAACAUUGACGAUGCGGCCAACAAGAUCCUCGACCAGCUCUAA